AUGCUCCUGCGAACACUUGGCUUCGAAUUACGCAUUCCGCUGCCUCUGGACUACCUGCCGCGUUAUCUCGAGCGUGCAAUGGGGGAUGUUACAGGUGCAAGUGAAAAUUAUGACUCUUGGGGAAACGAAGACAAAGAAGAAUAUGGGGUUGUGAAAGAUGCCAUGGACACAUCCUUUGGAAGGGCCUGCAGAACCAAGGCUGUCAGCGCGUGCAAGAACUACCAGUUGACCAAUCUCUUUCCAGCAAGGGCCGUUGCGCUGGGUUGUUUACACGUCGUCAUGGAAGAGAGAGGCUUGAGGACGGCCAACUCCCGAAAAGAAUGGGUAGAUGACAUUGCGAGUCGCAAGGUGGAUAUUGAAGAUUUCGAGGAAGUAGUGGAAGUAUUGACAAGGAGUUGA